AUGGACGGCUAUGGUCAGUGUUCAUACCUCAGAUUAAUUGAUAACAAGGGCCAGGUCAAUUGUUCUCUUCUUAUGAGUAAGGCUAGAGUUGCACCACUCAAGCCUAUCACUAUUCCUCGUCUUGAGCUGGCUGCAGCUGUUGUCUCAGUAAAAAUUAGCGUCUUAUUACGACAAGAGUUACAAUUUCCAGAUGCACUUGAGUAUUUUUGGACUGAUAGUAAGGUAGUUAUUGGUUAUGUUGGGAACGAUUCACGGAGAUUUCAUGUGUAUGUAGCUAAUCGUGUCCAACAGAUUAGAAGUCACAGUGAUCCAUCCCAGUGGAGGUAUGUUGAGUCAGAACUCAAUCCUGCGGAUAUUGCUUCAAGGGGUUCAUCGGCUUAUGCCCUUGUACACAAGUCCAAUUGGUUUAAAGGCCCAGAUUUCCUGUGGAAUAUUCAACUUCCACCUAUCGAAAAUGUAAUCCCGCCUUUGUCAGAUGAUGAUAAGGAGCUAAAAAAGGCUCAUACAUUCAGAACCUUCGGUGCUUCUACCAAUCUAGGGGAAAUCUGUUCGCGUUUCGAGUAUUUCUCUAGCUGGAGACGAUUGAAACUUGCAGUUGCUCUAUGUCUUAAGUACAUUGUCUGUCUUAACAAACGUGUUAGGUCGUCCAAAGCUGAACAGCCGAUUGCUCAGACUGAGGGAGAGGCGAGUUGUCAGUCUGCCGUAUCAGUGGACGAUUUGUUAGUAGCAGAACAAAUCGUUGUCAAGGCUGUGCAAGCGGAUGCAUUUUAUGAAGAAAUUAAAACUCUCCGUAACCUAAAUGUGUCGGACAAGUUGUCUGAUCACGAGAUAUUAAAGUUAAGAAAAUUUGCUUUGAAGGGAAAUUCUCCCAUAUUUCGCUUAGAUCCUUUCCUUGAUCAGUUUGGACUUUUGCGUGUUGGUGGUCGUAUAAAACGGGCUGAGCUGACAUUUGGUUUUAAGCACCCUGUUAUUCUUCCCAAAAGAGGACACGUUACCGAACUCGUUAUUCGUCACUUUCACGAACAUGUCCAUCACCAGGGAAGAGGAAUAACUAUCAACGAGAUCAGUUCCAGUGGUUUUUGGAUUGUUAAUCUCAAUUCGAGAGUUUCGAGCUACAUUUCUGGUUGCGUAGUAUGUAAGAGGUUGCGUGGAACUACACAAGUUCAAAAAAUGGCUGACUUGCCAAUAGACAGGCUCCAACCUGCUCCUCCUUUUACAUACAGCGGAGUUGACUACUUUGGGCCCUGGUAUGUCAGGGAAGGCCGCAAACAACUUAAAAGAUACGGGGCCAUAUUUACAUGCUUAUUAUGUAGAGCAGUUCACAUUGAGGUAGCGUCUUCUCUUGAUACGGACUCAUUCAUUAAUGCCUUGCGCAGGUUCUUGUCAAUACGUGGUCCAAUUCGAGUACUUAGGUCGGAUAGGGGCACCAGUUUUAUUGGUGCAGCUCGUGAAUUAAGAGAGGCUGUUUCAGAAAUGGACGAUGACCGUGUAAGUCAGUAUUUACUUGAAUCAAAUUGUGACUAUGUUGUUUUUAAAACAAACGUUCCGUCUGCCAGCCAUAUGGGCGGAGUAUGGGAACGUCAGAUAAGAUCAGUUCGAAAUGUCCUUAGUUCCCUGAUGUAUCAGAAUGGGUCUCAACUGGAUGAUGAAGGUCUCAGAACCUUCAUGUGUGAAGCUGCGGCAGUGGUUAACAGCAGACCCUUAACUGUAGAAAACCUCAAUGACCCAUUGUCACUGGACCCCUUAACGCCAAAUCACUUGUUAACCAUGAAAUCUAGUGUUGUCUUGUCACCUCCUGGUCAGUUCGAAAAGUCUAAUCUUUACUCUCGGAAACGUUGGAGGCGUGUUCAGUAUUUAGCUGAUGAAUUUUGGUCGCGUUGGCGUAAGGAGUUUUUACAAAACUUGCAAGCCAGAAGCAAAUGGGUUAAACCAGAACAGAAUCUUUCUGUGGGAGAUGUAGUUCUAGUCAAGGAUGACAAUGUCCCAAGAUGUCAGUGGUCGCUUGGUCGUGUAAGUCAGGCGGAACCAGAUCAAGAUGGCCUUGUCAGAAAGGUAACAGUUGCUGUUGGUGAUUCCUCUCUUGGUAAAGAUGGAAGGCGUAACAAGCCAUUGACCUUGUUGGAACGACCAAUCCAUAAAUUGGUGUUAUUGUGA